GUUGUUUGCGGAUUUCAGCGAAUCCGCUGCAAGGAGGCUGGACCGUGUAAACUAAGCAACCGAGGAGAGCAAUCCAGCCACGUCGAGGAGCUGGUGAGGAGUAGCUGCGGGGGGCAGGGCAGAAAUAAUAAAUAUUUAAUGCAUCAUAGAUUCCUCACCCAAUAGAGCCAAAGCAGGAAUGGAAUACAUUAAUUGGCAGCUGACAGCUGCGGACUGAGAAGUAGCCGAGAAAGACGACAAAGAUGAGCGAUUGAUGCUCAGUCUAGUACAAGUGCAAGAUUGUGCGGGUGACCAAACUGACUGGAGUUAUCAGCGGCCUGAGAAUUUGCAGAAAAUAGCAACAUCUGAAGUGUAAUGUUGAAGAAAAAGUAAAAUUACAGUGAAAAGAUACAUUUGCGUCCCAGAAAGUGUGAAAGAGGGGUCAUUGUUCUAAAAGAAGGCAGGGAAGGAGGAGAACUAUGCAAGGCGCCUUGUCUCUCCCCAUGACAGCAGAUCGCAGUCGGAAUAAGGAGCGGAUUGAGGCGAGGCUGGCCGGGCUGUGCAAGCUGGAGCUCCUGAAGCAGAGGCAGGAAUGCCUGGUUCUCAGCGCUUUGUCUUUCGGGAGCACCGUCCCGGGGCACCCCGCCCACGGCGACCUGCAGCCGCCCCCCUCCGCCCCCUCAGGUCCCAUGCGAGUGCUAGAUGACUUGACUUUGAGACGCCAGUUGAACAGCUUGCAGUGCGCCCCCUGGGGGUUAGUGACAGCUCUGGAGCAGCAGGUGGGGGAGCUGAAGGUGGAUACGGACACAGCCUGCGCCGACUCGCUUGGUGAUGCUGGAGACAGCCAGCCCAGCUCAGGGUUUUAUGAGCAGAGUGAGGGUCCGUCGCCGCUGGGCUUCUCCGACCCCUGUGCUUUCGGUGGGCUCUCUCCCGGCCAGGCCCGGGCCAUGUGGAUGGCCAGUGCACAAAGACCCAAGUCUGUCGGGGACAUCUUUGCUGCCAAUCGGGGGGGCCUGCUAGAUUAUGUGCCUCGUGGCAUGGUGCCACGGUCCUUCUCCGUCCCUCACGCAUCUCUGAAGGGCAUCGCGGAGGGUGGGGAGGUGGAACCCUGGCCUUGGGACCCAAGGUAUCCAGCUGGCUUUGAGUCAGAAACCUACGGAGAGGACUUCCAGCAAGUUCUACGCGUGGAGAGCUAUAUCCUGGGCUUGAUCCAGCGAUACACCCUGGCCCCCCGGCCCAUCAAGUCCCGCAGCGGCCUUGCACUCGAGGCCAGGACCAUUUCCAGACAAAGCAGUCUUUGCUGGACGAAGAUUCCUCAUUCACUGGAACGCAGUGACAUGCCACAGAACCUGGGCAGCCAGGCGCAGACGUGUCACGGUACAGUGCAAGGGCAAAGCAGAGGGGUGGCCCAGGCUCUGGAGGACUUCCUGCCUCUGCUCCGUGCUCGACCCACACCUUCACACCUGAAAGUGUCUUCCCAGAGGUACCAUCUACCCCAUUCUCACCAAGUACCAGGUGAACAGUUUGUUGGGCAGACGCGAAAAACUCCAGCUUCUACCUCCACACACUGGCCUUCUGUGUUUUCCAAUUCAGGCUGGACUUUGCAUGCCCCCAAACAUCUCAGGCCCAGACCCGGGAUAUCUGUGAAGAAAUGCUACCUUGGGGAGGAGCCCCCUCCCUCGGUGAAACAAGGUCGAACAGCCUGCCGCUCCCAGUCGGAGAACAGUCUGCUGGACCAUCAGUCUACCGAACACAAGUACAACACUGUAGAGCAAGAUCAGCUGAUGGGGAGCCAAGCCCAACCAGAAGGGUCCCAGCCAGUCAGUACAGUGGACAGAUGCUGGCACUCUACACAGGAGAUCAACCAAGAGGCGGAGCCUCUGGGUGGCCAUGCCUCCAUGCACGGUCGUAGGCCCCCUCCCCCUAGCUAUUCCUACUCCUCUGGGCUGUUGCGUCCUCACCAGAGAGCCAAAUACACUGAGUGUGCAGCUGUUUCUCAUCCAGCAGAUGGCUGCAUCAUACCAGGUCUCAGAGACACCGAAUCAAGCAUGAGCGAAGCUGAUUCCAUCGGUUCCAGCUCCUUAUCCAGCGACUCCGAUGAGGGCGGGGGUCUGGUGUGGCCCCAGCAACUGCUCCCUCAGCUAAUUCCACCCUUGGCUCCUGCCCAGGCCUCGGAUCCUGGGGCGUUCACAAAGAUCAAGGCCUCGCACGCCCUCAAGAAGAAGAUCCUGCGUUUCCGCAACGGUUCCCUCAAAGUCAUGACCACAGUCUGAAGACGGCGCUCCCACUCUUAGCUGCCCCGUCUGUUUCUUUAGCGUGAAUGUCACCCCCUGCUUAUCCACCUUAUUCCUGUGUUUGGCCUCUUACACUGUGCGCUCUGUGAAAUCCAGGGCCAAUCCACAGCUCAGGUCAACCUCAGGUCACCUAUUAAAUUUCACCCCUCUUCUCCGAGGGUCUCUUUGGAGGAACCUGAAUUCCUCUCACACGCUGAAGUAACCGUUGUAGAAGGUCUGCGUCCCACUCAACUGCUGCACGAACCAUACAACUAGACCGCAGAUCUGAGCCGUAGAACAGUCUACCUGAUUCUGCCUUAUGCCACCCAAACACGACCUUCACCUCACAGAACGUCUUCUGUUGAAACCAUCCUGCUAAACCCAACCAGCGCUUCCACAAUGAUUGUCUAAUUAAGGUAGAUCUGGAAAACCCACAGUGCAGGACUGGAUUUAGGUUUCUUUUUGGACAAAUUAGUGGCGUAGGGUCAACCAAUGUGAUGCGGUGCUGUGACACCCAAACCGCCGCCGUUUUGUAAAAUGGCCACAUGGCUGACAGUAUGUAGUUUCAUCUUACAGUAAAUCAUUCAACAGAACGUCCCGGAAAUAAACACAUCUGUUUACCCAAAGCAGAACAAAGAGUAAACAUGGAAUAAUUGAGGAAGCCUGCUGACAUCGUCUGUGUGCUGUUCCCACUUGUCCCAUUCAGGGUCACAGAGCCUGUCCUCCUGAGAGACUCUUCUGGUGGCAUCAAUAUUCGUGAAAUGAGACAGUGGGGGGUGUGGGUGGGGCACACAAUGAGUGUCUCAGGAGGAGGAGUCAGUGGGAGUUCCUUGUAUCGAUUUAUCUGCCGUAUCCGCUACACACUGUGCAUAUUUUGCUAUGUCUUGUGUGACACCAGUCCCGUUAAUCCAGUUUGUUUAUAUUCUGGUCCAUUAGCUUAGCGAGCUGCUUCACCUUUUCUAAAUCCUGCCAGCUGAGAGCCAACCCCAUCACCACAAAAAACCCUGAAAAGGCGAAGAGAUUGUAAAUGAAGCUGCUCUUUUCUGCAAAGUCCCUGUGUCAUGUGGUUCUGUCUGUUAUCCUGGCGCUUACUGCUAGGAACAGAGAGGCAUUUGUUGCAUUUUACUUUUCUUAAUGUAUACAUGUUAUAUUUUCAAGUAUCGCAAUUGGAUCAAUGAAGAUGAAUGAAAUACAGAAAUUUAAUCACAAGUCACUGACUUUAAUGCAGUUGACUGUGGCUGUGCACUUACCGUAAUUAAACAGUGCCACCCAUAGGCAGACGGAAGUAACAGCAGAAUCGGCUUGCCCGCCACCAUGCUCUCCAUUUACCAAAAUAACACUUAUUGCAUAAAAAAAGUGGCCUUUAAUUCACUCCACCUAGUUCUCCCGGAUUGCUGGUCGAUACACCACCGCUCAGCUGAUCAAUGCAAGAUCGAUUUUGCAAAAGACUUAUACUAAAAGAUUAAAAGUUGGACUUUUGAUUUUUAACAGAUACCUGGCUCAGUGAUAAUGAGACGAGCCCACUGAUUGAGAUAGACUAUAGACUAUAGCUUUUAAGUCCCAGAUCCAUUGGUCGAGAUGUACAAGCAGCAGUGAUUUUUAAAACUCAUUUUAAACGUUGGGCUUUUUCUGUCAAUUCGUACUUGAGCAUUUAAAUGUUAACUUUUAAAAUUCCAUUACAAACUCCCUUAGCAAAACAAGAAUUCUAUAAAUUGGUGAUGGCAUUUUUAUAAAUAUGCAGAUAUUUGCAUACCUUUGAGAGCAUUUCGAUCUUGGGUGAUACUAAUAUUCAUAUCUGCUGUCCAUCCAAACCGUUGCUUAAUGAGUUUACUCACUUGACUGAUUCUUUCAAACUCACCCAAUAUGUGGUUGGCCCUACAUGCUGUCAUGUUGACACGCUAGAUUUAACAUUGUCCUGUGUGUUAGCUGUAAAUAACGUUGAUACUGAGCCAGUUGGUUUUCGUAAAAAAAACAGUGUAAGUUUUGAUGCUGCAUUGUGAGGACACAUUAUUUCUCACACUGUCCCAGUCCGCUAUACUUGCUGUAUCUCAGAACACAAAGCCUGUGAAUUUAUUGAGGUGUUUUUGCACAAGCCCUCAGAUUGCUCUAAUAAAAUGGACACUGCGCAAAUGAA